AUGGUGCGCCCAGCGCCAAGCGGAGCCGCCGAGACCCAGCCGCUGCUCCCACUGGACAUCGAUCCGGAGGAAGAGGUGGAUCAAGAUGGGUGUUUCCCUCCUCAUAACGUCCACGACUUGUGCCCGGCAAAUCCACACGCCCAUUUACCUGUUUAUACGACUAUCCAUCGGAUACGGAAAGAUGUUAUCCAAGCGAUCGAUGAUCCCUACGGCAUCGAACAGUUGCGAGAUCCGCGGAUGAACAUAUCUGUGGUGAGGCCGCUUGUCGAUAAGCUUUACGAAUUGAACGAUGUCUCAAUUGUCUACUGCCUCUUAGUAAACCGUGUUAAGUUCCAGCGCGAACAACAGACAUCUCAUCUGCAAAGCGUAUGCGCAACACGUGCUCUACUGUGCGAACUUCUUGCAAGUAGGAUAUUACGGCGAUUCAAUGAAGAUAAUCCAGGCGCACAGGGCCUGCUUCUGCUCGCCCAUAUAUUAGUUGGGGCCUUUGACCCAUUCCAAAAUGCACCGGCAGAAGUCCUCGAGCAAAGCAGCCAUGAUUUAUCAUGGGCUGGGCAACAACGGAUGGGGAAUAAGAGAAAGAUACCUGCCUUGGAGAUGGCAAUCAUAUCCGAGAGCAAGUUAUUUCUCAGCUCUUCCGCAUGUCAGAAGGUGGUCAAUGCUAUCUAUGAAGGGCGGGUGGUCUACACACCAACAUCGUUCCUGAAUAUACUUCCGGAUCACUACAAGCAAAAACCCGUGUCUCUUUAUAACCCCCGCAAAGCCCCUCUCUUCAACCAAUAUCGACUUAUCGUCCCCAGGACGAGAAAUUUGCUAGACGUAUGCCAGUUUAUAAUACUCUUGGCGUUGUUCCUCGCCGUUAUGACGGAUAGGGAUCCCUCCAAGUUUGGAAUCCUCGAGUUAGUGUUUAUCAUCUUCACAAUCGGCUUUCUACUUGACAUAUUCGCGACCAUAUUAGAGCACGGUUGGGAUGUAUACACCCAAAAUCUCUGGUCCUUUCUCGAUGCUACAUUUGCCGCCAUCUUUGGAGUAUACCUCGUUCUGCGCAUCCAUGGAUGGCGAGUUGGUUCUCUCGAGCCCGCUCAACAAGCAAUGGAUGUGCUAGCCAUGGGAGCGCCUGUUCUCGUACCUCGAUUAGCAUUCAAUCUCAUGUCUGAGAACAUGCUCUUUGUCUCCCUACGAGCCAUGAUGAGAGAUUUCACCAUUCUUACUGUAUUAGCAGUCUGGUGUUUUGCUGGCUUCCUCCUCUCCAUGGUCUGGCUCGCUGAUGGAGACCACACGCCUAUCACCAUAUCUAAAUGGAUGCUCUGGGUCUGGUUUGGUCUCGAUGGGACUGGAAUCCAACGAUCAGUUGAGUUUCAUUGGCUUUUAGGUCCAAUGCUGAUGGUUGCCUUCGCUUUCCUUGGCAAUACGCUCUUCCUCACAAUUCUUGUCUCCAUGCUGAGCACUACCUUCGCGACCAUCGUUGCCAAUGCUAAUGCCGAGAUUCAAUUUCGACGAGCUGUCUUGACUCUAGAAGGUGUGAAGUCAGACGCAAUCUUCUCCUACCAACCACCGUUCAAUAUACUCGCCCUCCUUAUCCUCCUCCCCCUUAAAUUUGUUCUCACCCCUCGCUGGUUCCACAAAAUAAAUGUAGCCGCUGUGCGAACCCUUAACGCACCCUUCCUCCUCAUAAUCGGUAUCGUCGAGCGCCGCAUCCUGUGGCCCAAACCCCGCCGCUUCCGCAACGCAGAAGAGCUUCCUAAACCCCCUGGGGUCCGCUCACGACCAUGGGACUUCUCCCGAGGGUUUUCCAUGCACGGCGACAUCCAGGCCGUAUUUGAUACGGAGCCUCCGCAAUCAGUGGAGGAUGAGAUUGCGAAUGAUGACGACCUAAACCACCCCACACUUGAAGAUGAAUAUGUCCGCCAAUUCGGCCGUGACGUCGAGGGGGAGAGGAGGAAGAAGACCGCGCCGAAGGAUCGGAGGGAUUCAGUGGCGCCGUUUGCGGGAUUGCCGCAGCGCUUACGAGAUUUGAUUAGCCCAGAGAGCGAGGAUGAGAAUACGGAGGACGUUAAGAACAGACUGGAGGCGUUGGAAAAAUCCACGCUGAGGAUUGAAGGGUUACUGGGGAGGCUGUGUGCGGAUUUGGAUGAUGGGCUGGGAAAGAGGGAACGCGAUUCGGAUGAAGAGGGAAAUGGGUAUGUUGAGCCGAGCACGCUGAGCGAUUUUGAUACCACGGGAACUGGCGAGACCAAUGAUUAA